ACAGUUUGGUUGAACGCUUUCUUUAGGACAGGCACCAUAAUGUUCGAAAGAAAUUGAUUGUUUAGCCGACAUUUCCUAUUUACACAUCAACGGAAGGUUCUAGAAUGGUCAUGUGAUGUUGAUUGACCAGUUGUGUUACAUUUUGAAAAAUACCCAGGUUAUCCGUCUUCGUUUUUUUUUACGAAUACCUCCUCUGUAACUUUCAAACUAUCUAGGUUACUACAUCGAAAAAAGGACGCGAAUGUCGGUGAGCUCAAGGUGAACCGAUGUUUCGUAUUACUAUGAUGUUUUUUUUUCAGUAAAACUAAAGCGUGUCCCACGCUAGAGAAUAAAUAAAUAACUGAAUGUAGCACGUGAACUAGUUUGACCAAUCACCGAUCGAGUUCUGAACUGAAGUGUAUAAAUAUGAGGCGGUUGCCCAUAGAGACGUCCGCCAUUGAAGACUAGUUUUCAAUGUACUUCAUAUUGUUUAAACCUUGUAUUGUGUUUUUAUUCGUUAAAAAGCUUUUUAAAAAAUAGCAACGUUUUUAUUCACUGCAUCAUCUGCGACAGUCUCAUUGGGCAUCCUUCCAGCAGAACACGGUCGGCAAAGAGCGUCUGUCUCAGAUCGGCAGUAAAAACAAUCUUGUGCCAGAGACGGAAAGUGGUCUUGGAGGAAUAUGUGUGAUGAAAGCUGAGCUACAGGAAACAAGUGCCUCUCUGAAUUGCUACCCCGUGUCUACCGACCUUCGGACUGCACCACGAUGACAAAUGCCGUAUGUCCCCCGAUGUCCAUGGUGGGAGGCGUGAACCCUCCUCCCCCGGAGUUCAAGAACCCCAAGAAGCCCGGCCGUCUCACCAACCAGCUGCAGUACCUGGAGAAGGUGGUGGUCAAGGCCCUGUGGAGACACAACUUCUCCUGGCCUUUCAGGACGCCUGUCGAUGCUGUCGGACUGCACAUUCCAGAUUACUAUACAAUUAUCAAGACGCCAAUGGACUUGAGCACCAUCAAGAAGCGUCUUCAGAAUAAUUAUUACUGGAAAGCGAUGGAAUGCAUACAAGACUUCAACAAAUUGUUCACCAACUGCUAUGUAUAUAAUCGGCCUGGAGAUGACAUAGUUCUGAUGGCUCAAGCCUUGGAGAAGAUCUUCCUACAGAGAGUGGCUGAGAUGCCCCAGGAGGAGACUGAGACAUCUGUCAUCACAACCAAGAACCCAGUGAAGGGUGGGAGAAAGUCCUCUGCUGGUGUGAUAAAGCUGAGGCCCCAGUCCCCUGUGUCUGAGGUAGUAUUCCAGCAGACCGUGAUGGUCAUCCCUCUUGAGGCCCAACACACCAUCCCUCCUGCUGCCCAGCUCUCCUCUCAGAUAGCAUCCAAAUUUCAGAUCAAGAAGGGUGUGAAGAGAAAAGCAGACACCACCACACCGACAGCCUCUGCUCCGAUCACCAGCUGCGAGUCGUCCCCCAUCGUCGACGGCUCGACGCCCUGUAAGCUGUUCUCCAGGCGGGGCAGCGGUCGGCCCAUCAAACCCCCCAGGAAAGACCUGCCUGACUACCCCCAGCACCACAAGAGCAAGAAUAGUAAGCUCUCUGAUCAGCUCCGCUUCUGUAACUGCAUCCUGAAGGAGAUGUUCACCAAGAGGCACGCGGCCUACGCCUGGCCCUUCUACAAGCCGGUGGAUACGGAGACCCUGGGUCUACACGACUACCACGACAUCAUCAUGCAGCCCAUGGACCUGGGAACCAUACGGAAAAAAUUUGUUGAACGUGAAUACAUGGAUGCCCAGGAUUUUGCUGCUGAUUUCAGACUCAUGUUCUCCAACUGUUACAAAUACAACCCACCCACCCAUGAGGUUGUUAUUAUGGCAAGAAAACUCCAGGAUGUGUUUGAGGAGCGCUGGCUGAAGCUUCCAGACGAGCCAGUGAGGAGGGCUGGUGGGCCAGGUCACCACAGGGACGGGAGAGGAGACGGGCCUGAGAGCUCCUCUAGCACAGGCAGCAGUACCGGCGAGAGCUCGUCGGAAUCUGAGUUCUCCUCAGACUCUCAGGAGGAAGAAGAGGCCAGAGCUCUACGGUUGGCUAAACUAGAGGAACAGUUGAAAGCGGUGCACGAUCAGCUGCAGAGACUCACCCAGGAGCCCCUGCUGAAACCAAAGAAGAAAGAGAAGUCAAAGGAGAGAAGAAAAAAGAGGGAAACGAGUAGUAGACCAAAGCAUGAAGAAGACCUGCGGAAAGCUAAAGUGCAGGAGAAGUGCAUUAACAAGGGCACGCCUUCUGUGCACGGCAAGAGGAGGAAGAUGGCUCUCCCUGUGGUGCCCUAUGAGUCUGAGGAGGACGAGGUCCCGGCGGUGCCCAUGUUGUACGGUGAGAAGAGGCAGCUGAGCCUGGACAUCAACAAGCUGCCGGGGGACAAGCUGGGCAAGGUGGUGAACAUCAUCCAGGCCAGGGAGGCCUCGCUCAGAGACGCCAACCCUGAGGAGAUAGAGAUCGACUUUGAGACCCUCAAGCCCUCCACACUCAGGGCCCUGGAGAGCUUCGUCAUGACCUGCCUCAGGAAACGGCCCAAGAAACUCAACUUGAAUAAGCUGGUGAAAGCCAAAGGAGAGAUGCAGACUGUGAAGAAGCAGGAUGCAGAGAAACAUCUCCAGAGUAUUACUGAUGAGUCGAGCUCACUGGCCAAUAAGAAGAAGUCAACAAAUGAGCCCCCUAUGGCUCCUCCUGUCUCAGACCUGGCCCGGCCAUCCCGUCUCAGUGAGAACAGCAGCUCUUCCUCCUCCGGCUCUGACAGCUCCAGCAGUAGUAGUGAUUCUAGCACUUCUGAUAGCAGUGACUCUGAAUCAGUAAAGAAAUCUAAGAAGAAAAAGAAAUGCAAAGACACUCCACACAAGUUCAAGACGAAGAAGUCAAAAAAGAAGAAAUCUGCUAAGAAAGACCUAUUGUCGGAGUCCUCUCCCCAGACCAGCCAGCCCCCGCCUGCCUCUGCCUCUCUAGCCCCAGCAGUAGUCACUAAAGGCCAGCCUCUAGAGCUACUCGUGUCACCCCCAGCCUUACACAGCCGCCUGCCUCCGCAGCCUUCAAGACCAAGUGCCAAAGCAGCACCACUACCUCGCAAAAACCAGUUGGCCCCCCUGCAGCUCACUGACAGUCAGCCCCAACAACAGCAGGACCCCCUGGCCCCGUCUGAGAGCCCCACUACUCCCUCUCUCACUCCCCCUUCCUCCUGUGACCCCACUCUUACUCUGCCCACAGACCCACUAAACACAACACUUACCCUCACACACAAACCUCCCUCCAGCCUGCUCUGUUCCCCCCAAACCCCUCCUUAUCCCCUAGCUCUCCUCCCUUCUCCUCGUUGUCAAUCACUAGCCCAGACACAGGAGGGGAAAACUGGGCCAGUCUCUCUUGAGCCACCUGAUAGGGCACAAUGGGAAGUUUUACUACAGGCUGCAGAUAGCAGAUAUGAGCAGCAGCCGUGCCCAGUGCUGUUGUCCCCUCUACAAGACAGCCCAUUACAGCCUGUGAAGGAUGACAGGAGGCCCUCUGAAGCACUGGGGGAGACCCACUCCAGGAUUCUACAGAAACAGCCUUAUCCCAGACACUCUGACGGUGUGUUUGAUGGUGGCAACACCAGCCUCUCUCAUCCAGCUAAUAAACCCACUGCAGAUGGAAAAAACACACCUGCCAAAAAGGAUAUUGUCCUGAAGAACGCAGACUCCUGGGCUAGUUUGGGGAAGAUGGCCAUUUCCACUCCCUCCACGGUGAAGUCUUCAAAGGAGAGCUUUGAUAAGUUUCGCCGGGCAGCCAUUGAGAAGGAGGAGAGAGAGAGAGCUCUCAUUCUGAAGAGGACUCAGAUGAAGGCUUCGGGGAAGAGCAGCCUGACCAUGCCAGUAUUGUUGCCAGUGGCAGUACCCGUGCCACCUAGAGCUGCAGAAUCGGAGCCCCUGCCAUGUAGAACACCAGAGCCAGCAGAGAUCCCCCUGCCGACGGAGGCCAUCGUGGAGCCUCAGACUCCUAAAGAUCUAGAGCCCCUGAAAGAGGAGCCUCCAGCGGCUGCCUCAACCCCACCUCCGCCCCUCACUACCCAGACAUCUGUAGACGGGGAGAGGGAGAUGGCCCGCAGGAGAGAACAGGAGCGACGCAGACGAGAGGCUAUGUCUGGUGUCAUUGACAUGACAAUGCAGAGUGACAUCAUGGCAACAUUUGAGAAGAACCUGGACUAACAUAAAAUGGCAGGAGACCAUGCAGCUUGUGACUGACGUCUGUCUUCUGUUGUUGGAGAAUAAAUAAUAGAGCUUGGUGUUCUAGUAAACGUCA